AUGGAAACCCAAAACCCUCAGUUGGCUCUUCAGCCGCAACCCGCGGCGCCAGUCCCGGAGGCCGCCCCACCUCCGCCGACCAAGAAGAAGUCAAGGAGCAGGAAUGAUCCAGCUAACCAGAAGCGCCGCUGUGUCAGCACGGCCUGUAUCGCAUGUCGGAAGAGGAAGUCCAAGUGCGAUGGCGCCUUGCCCUCUUGCGCUGCCUGCGCCAGUGUCUAUGAGACUGAAUGUGUCUAUGACCCAAAUUCGGAUCACAGGAGGAAAGGCGUCUACCGCGAGAAGAUCGACAGCGCCAAGGCUAGGAACUCAACCCUCCAGAUUCUCAUCGAGGCCAUCCUCAACGCCGCAGAGGAGGAUGUGCCCGAGAUCACAAGGAGGAUCCGUACAUGCGACAGCCUGGACACCGUGGCCGAGUCUAUCCUGCAGGAAGACUUUGCUAACAAGAACAACGACGACACUCAAUUCGAUGACCAGUACACCACGGAUCAGCCAGUGGAAGGGGAGAGAGACCUGGCCCGAAAGAUGGGCGAACUCAGGAUAGAGAACGGCACCAUCCGCUUUAUCGGGGGGACUUCGCACCUCAUCUACCAAGGUGACCCCCAUGACAUGCCCGUGGAACCCGAAUCCAUCAGCCUCCAGACGAACGAGGACCCUGUCACGAGCUGGUCGGACGUGACCAAGGAUAGGAAUCUGGUCGUUCACCUGAUGAACAUGUACUGGAACUGGCACUACCCAUACUUUACCACAAUCUCACGCAAACUGUUCUGGCGAGACUUCCUGAAGGGCAAACCACGAACCUUGACAAAGGGCACGAUAUACUGCUCACCUCUUUUGGUCAACGCUAUGUUGGCACUGGGCUGCCACUUCACGGAUGUGCCUGGAGCCUUCGCCGUGCCGGGAGACAGUCGGACCAAAGGGGACCACUUCUUUGCCGCGGCCAAGAAAGUCAUCAUCGACAACGACGAGUACGAAAAGCCCAAGCUGGUCACCGUCCAGGCCCUGGCCUUGAUGUCCGUACGCGAGGCGGGCUGUGGGCGUGAGGCCAAGGGAUGGGUUUAUAGUGGGAUGAGCUUCCGCAUGGCUCAGGACAUAGGUCUCAACCUCGACGCAGGAGCAAUUGCUUCAGAAAAUGGGCAGAUCAGCGCUGAAGAAAUCGAUGCUCGCAGGAUAACGUUCUGGGGCUGCUUCCUUUUCGACAAGUGCUGGUCCAACUAUCUCGGCCGGCUACCACAGCUGCCCAAAAACUCUUACAACGUCCCCAAAUAUAGCGUCUUCCCGGAUGAAGACGGCGGGACUUGGUCACCAUACGCGGACGGCGGAUUCGAUCAGACCCUGAGCCAGCCGGCUCGAACCCGGGCCGUUGGCCUCCAGCUUUCGAAGCUGUGCGAGAUUAGCAGUGACUUGCUAAUAUUCUUCUACCACCCGAAUCAUAUCGGCAGGUCAAGUGGGAAGUCGGUCGAGCUGAAAAAGCUCAGCGAGCUGCACAGGCGGCUGGAAGACUGGAGGAAGGAGUUGCCACAGGAGUUUGAGCCAAAGGAUGGCCAGCUGCCAAAUGUGAUAUUAAUGCACAUGUUCUAUCAUUUGCAGUAUAUCCAUCUCUUCCGGCCGUUCUUGAAGUACAAUCCUGCCACAUCUCCAUUACCACCGCACGUGUCUCCUCGGCGCAUUUGCACGGCCAACGCCGGUUUCAUCUCGAAACUCAUGAGGUUAUACAAGAAGCUGUACAAUCUCCGGCAGAUAUGUAACAUCGCAGUAUACAUGGUCCAUUCUGCCUGCACCAUACACCUGCUCAACCUGCCUGAGAAGACUGCAAGGAGAGACAUCAUCCAUGGUGUGAAGCACCUGGAGGAGAUAGCCGAGGACUGGCUGUGCGCCAGACGAUCACUGAGUAUCAUCAGCGUCCUCUCCAGGAAAUGGAACUGCGAGCUGCCAGAGGAGGCAGCCGCGAUCCUUAAGCGAACCGAUGAGAACUACGGCUAUCUGGGCACCGGAGACGUGCCGUCACCAAAUCAGCCCAUGAUGCCAUCCGUGACACCGUCGCCCCCAUCAUUUCCCCAGUCACCUAUUCUGCUCAAGAACAGCCCAAACCGGCCUGACGUCCCACCUUCACACAUGGCACAGGACGCAGCUGCAGCCAUGUCACCGGACCUCAUGUCAACCAUGGGCGUCGGAUCAAUAGCACCGACCAGCGUGCAGCCCCGCCAGGGGCCGACAUCCGCCUCUGUCGACCCCGCCAGCAACCCCGGCCUCGCCUUCAACAGUCCGUGGGCGAUGCCUGGCGUCAGCGCGCCUGCUAUGCCGCGAUACCAUCAGUCCUACGCCCCAGUCCAGAUGACCAGCAGCGGGCCUUCGACACAGAGCUCGCGGGCAGCGACUCGCAACGCCACGCCGAAUUCGGUGUAUGCCAUUGAUGGGCAGGAUUGGUUCCUUAAGGAUGGAAUCAACUGGCAGCAAAAUUUUGAGGGUUGGGGCAUGACCAGCCCAACGAACAACAGCAACACAACGAAUAGCAGCAAUAACAACAACAAUGCAGCCGGGGCUGGGGCUGGAAACGGUGUGGCUGGGAAUGAUGUAUUUAUGUUUAAGGGCCUGCAGGGGGCUGAUCUGGAUAUGGGGGACACGUGGGAUUUUGACAGCUCGAUGACGAAUCUGGACCAGAUCCCCGGCCUGGACUGA